AUGAUCCAAACAUUUAUUAGAUUGAUUCCAAAGAUGAAGUUUAGUACUAAAAUUGGAUCAUCAAAUGUUUCAACUGGAUCUAAUACAUCAGCAAAAUGUAAAAAUAUAUAGAAAAUAAAAAUAGAAUCAAAUCCAACUCCUGUUUAUUUGAGAUAAUAUGAUGCAAAAAAGUAUGAAGUUCCAUCAUCAAAAAUUAAAUUAACAACUGGUUAUAGUUUUUUAGAUGUUGAACCUAUGCCAAGAGCAAAAAUAAUGAAAUUAUGUUAUACAAUACUUGAUAAAUUAAAAACAGAAAUACCAGAAAAUGUCCUUUAUAGAAUUUAUACUGAGGAGAAAUUAAAAUAUAUAAUGCGUAUUACAGAUGAAAUAGAGGAUAUUAGAUAAUUAGAAGAAGAAUUUGGUUUUGAAUAAAUUGAAUUUUUAAUAUAAUAAUUAGCAAAAGAAGUUGAUCUAGUAGAUUAGAUGAAGUAAAUGUUUAAUUUUAUAUUAGAUAUUAUAAACCUUGGGAAAAGACAUAAGAUGAUAGUACAUUUGAAUUGUUAAGAUAACCACAUCCAGCAUUAAAACAUUAGAGAAAUGAAAAACCAUCAAGAGAAUAAACUAAAUUUAUUGGUCAUUGA